UAUUCAGGAAACGAUACUGGAAUAUCUAUCAACGAAAGUAUUCUAUAUUGCUUUUUUCAGGAACUGGAUACGAAAAACAGACCAAAAUUUAACCCUGGGAAUAUCGGACCGGCUAAGAAAAUAGAUCAAGGAGAUUCAAAGAAAGAAUCGAAAGAUAUCUGGGUUAAUGAAGAAGUACCAGAGUCGGCCCAUGGUGAGGAUGAAUAUGACCCAAGACCUCCACCAGAAUAUGAAAUGAUAUUUAAGCAGGCUAUCACCUCAGAAGACAUGUACCUACAAAUGGGUAACAAAAAUCCAUCUACUGCAUCAUGUGAAGAUAUGGUGAUAAAAAUUAAAUUACCUGGAACAGAGUUGAAAGAUGUUGACCUUGAUGUGACUGAUAAAUUUUUGGAUUGUCGUACACCUAAAUAUAAACUUGCCCUUCAUCUUCCUCACAAAGUGGAUAGUGCUAAUGGUAAAGCUCAAAUGGACACUGACAAAGAAGUAUUGAMUGUUACUGUUAGAAUGGUCAGGGACUUUGAUUUCUUUAACACCUAGCAUCGCAUCUUAUUCAAUAGAUCUUAUAUAAGUUUUUCCUAUAAAUAUAAUAUAUUGUGAAUUAGAUAUUGUGGAUACAUGUUCUAUGUAAUCAAUAUCAUUGUCAUUUGUUACUGUAAUAAAAGCUAUUUCAUUAUUCA